CUUCACUAACAGUGUCAACAAGGAAGUAAGGAAAAGAGAUUGAACGUCCCCUUCUCUAUAAAACUCUCAUCCGUUGGCAUUGCUGUGAACAGAUCUCUUUCCAUCGCCAAACGUUUCAGCAGCUCAACAAGUCAUCUUACACACACAAUCUACAAAAUGGCCAAUAAGUUUUCUUUCGUAGUGGUAUUGGCGGCCCUAUGUGUGCUGCAAUGUUUCGGUGUGAUUUCCGCCAGUGAAAUUCGAGUGAAAAGAGGUGGAUUGACAACGGGAACUACCAGCGGAUAUACCGCUCAACCCCACGUUCAUUAUGCCCCGGCUCCAGGUGCCGCAGCAGCAGCAGCGGCCGCCGCUGCUGCCCAACAGGCCGCUCAAGCAGUCCAAGCGGUUCAAGCUGUCACAAGUGGAGUUGCAGAGGCGGCACAAGCAGCUUCAGCUGCAACAUACCAAGCAAAAGCAGCCGCACAAGCUGCCCAAUCUAAUCAAGUCAAAGUACAGGCCAUUCUACAAGAUGUCGCAGCCGCUGCCCAGGCAGCCCAGUAUGCAGCUAAAGCUGCGAUUCAAGGUGCAAAUGCCGUUCAAGCCGUUCAAGCAGUAGCCGCCGCCAACGCAGCCUCCGCUGUCUCCGCCGCCAAUGCUGUCCAACAGUCAACUUAUGUUAAAUCGAUCGGGGUCACGAAGGCAGCACAGGCUUCACAGGCCGCUAAAGCGGCUCAAGCGGUGCAGGCUGCCAAAUUGGCCCAAGCUCUCUCGCAGUCAAAAGGACAUCAUUAUUAAAAAAAUCAAGUUCCGGAAGAAAAUAAAAUUUACUUUUACACAUUCGCAUUCAUUGUAUAUUCCUUCUUUAUAAUCAGUGUUCACUUUUCUGCAGCAUCCAAUAAACACUUACGUUUUUUCUAA